AUGUCCCAACUUAAGAUCGCUUCGGUUCAGUUCGAGAACUGGUCCGGAAGCAAGGAUAAAAACCUAGCCAUCAUCCACCGAGUGGCAAGCGAUGCGGCAAAUCGCGGAUGCAAUGUCGUUGCAUUUCAUGAAUGCUCGGUUACCGGCUAUACCUUCGCUAGCCGCCUCUCCAAAGAAGAGCUCCUUGAUCUUGCGGAGGAGGUCCCAACCGGCCCAAGCACUCGUUCUUUAGUUAAGAUAGCCCGUGAGCUAGCCAUUACUAUUCUGGCUGGGCUGUUUGAGAAAGAUGAGAAUGGCCAUAUUUACAAUACCUACAUCUGCGUCGACAGCAACCGAGGUUUCGUUGCCAAGUUUCGCAAACUGCACCCUUUCAUCAGUCCGCAUCUAAGUCCAGGCAACGAAUACGUGGUAUUCGACCUUCUCGGUUGGAAGUGCGGUAUUCUGAUAUGCUACGAUAACAACGUUGUCGAAAACGUUCGGGCAACAGCUCUUCUCGGUGCAGAGAUCAUAUUCAUGCCGCAUGUAACAAUGUGCACUCCGUCAACUCGCCCAGGCGCUGGCUUCGUUGAUCCAUCGCUUUGGACUAAUCGAGAUCAAGAUCCAACUUCUCUGCGGGCCGAGUUCAGCGGUCUGAAAGGCAGGCAAUGGCUGAUGAAAUGGCUACCAGCAAGAGCCUACGACAAUGCAGUCUACGUCGUCUUCUCAAAUCCUAUUGGUAUGGAUGAUGAUCAGUUGAAGAAUGGUUGUUCCAUGAUCCUUGACCCCUUUGGAGAUAUCCUAAGCGAGUGCUCUGUGCUUGGAGAGGAUAUGGCUGUUGCGACUUGCAGCAAAGACAAGCUUCAAUUGGCAGGAGGAUUCCGAUACAGACAAGCCAGAAGGCCUGAGUUGUAUCGAGACAUCCUAGGUUCAGAUCAUAAUUCCUCUCUGAAUGUUUCCUGGUUGGGCAAGUAG